GCGAGAGAAUAAACUGGGCAGGGCCCAACGGAUGCUCUGUCCAAUCUGCCAUUUCCGCCGCCGGCGUCCGGAAUCUGCACCUCCUCUGUUCUAAUCCUUUGUUCUUCACGCUUCAUCUUCUAAAUGCUUUGAAUUCUAUUCCGUUUUCAAAUUCAGAGUGAUAUGGCCGAAUCCAGAUCGGACCCAUCGCCACGCCCUCUUUCACCCGAAAUAUUACAGACUGAUAGAUCGCCUCGUCAUUAUAAGGAGACUCAUGGAAUGCGUAAUGACAUUGAUGAGAACACCUCGAUGGAUCAAGUCAGAGCGCCAAACGUGUUUGAGAGAGUAAAAGAGGAGAUCGAGGCGCUUGUUGAAACGAUCCACAGGAAGAAAGAGGCGCCUAUUAGUGAAAGAAGGGAUGAAACUGUCGCAGCAGAGUCCAAGGAAGAAAAAACAGAGUCUCAAUCAGAUAAUACAGUGAAUGCAGCAAAAGUGCUUGAAAGAGCAAAGGACGAGAUUGAGAAGAUGUUGCACAUUAAAAAUUCACAUCAUCAGAAAGAAACACAUGGCCAGCGUGAUGAUAUAGGAGAGGAUACCCCAUUAAAUGAAGUCAAAGCUCCAAAUGUAUUCGAGCGGGCAAUGGAAGAAUAUGAGGCUUUUAUUCAGACUUUUCAUUCUAAGAAAGAAUCUCAGGCGUUUGAUAAAAGGGAUGAAGCAGCCAAUGCUGAAUUAAUGCAGAAAAAAACAGUGCUUCUCUCAGUAAAACAAAAUUGCAGCUCUUAUGCUUCUAACGAGGUUCUUUUUGCGGAACAUGAUGCAGAAAUUAGUUCAAAUGAUAAACCACCAAAUUGGAAUUACAACCAGACUCAGAAAAUGAUAUUCAAUGAAGUGAAAGGGCCAAAUAUUUUUGAGAGAGCAAAAGAUGAAAUGGAGGCAUUUGUUCAUACCAUCCAUCAUAAGAAGGAAACUGAUUCACCAGCGAAAGAAGGAUUUAUGUCAAAACUCGGAAAUUGUUUGGAAAUAAUAUGCUCUCCAUCAAAAGAGAAGGGUGAUUAAAGCCAAAAUUUUGCAUAAGCUGGUACAUUUCCCAUCCCCACAGGAAAAAAAUUUGACUAUCAAGUAUGAUGGUUUAUUUUCUGGGCUCUUUCAUCUGUAUUGUUUUAUGACUAAAUGAAUAAUCGACAGUCAUAUACUUUUCAUUGUGCAUUACUGUGAUGCACAAGAGCUUCAUACUUUUCCAUUUUGGGGAUAAAUGUACAUCCAUUAUAAGCUCGAAUUUGUAAAUUGUAAUAAAAA